AUGGGCAAGAUCGGUGCCACUCUUGCAUCUCUGGUUUCUGAUGAAAUCGACUAUAUCCAACUGGCUCAACAGGUCAACGAACCAGAAUCAACCGCCGCUGUAAAGAAGCUGGUUGAACUGUCAGGCAAGGCCCGUGAGAUUCAAAAAUCUCUGCAGAGCUAUGUGCAGGAAGCAAGUCCCAGUCUGAUGGAACUUCGAACGACCCUCCUGGAGAAACCCGGUUGUCAGUCGUUCCAGCAAGUUUUUGGACCUCCUUGGAAUCAAUGUCUACUCAACCAGGAAGCUGACGGUACCAAGAACAUUAUUGUUGGCGCUCUUCAGCGUCUCUUUGACACUAUUGCUUAUGUCGUUCCUCGAACACACUCUAUGUACGGCGCUUUUCUUGACAUGGCCUCCAAGAUGGAUAUCGCUGUCAUGUCUUCCCUUGACCUUGAUCUGGCCCGAGCCAAAGACCGUCAUCAGAAGCGGCUCAACAUCAACGACGACCUGUCGUAUCGCAACGAAAUCAUGACCAAUGUGGCUGAAGCCAUUGGCAGACUCGAGCGUGGGUCAGCAUCGCAGGAACGACUUCGUACAAAGCUCUGCUCGAUCCUCGACGCAGCUGAUGCUCUGAUCCUGAAGGAGAAUCUUCCGCGGGAUAUCAGCAUCGUGGUCUCAACUAACAACAACGACGGACAAGCUUGA